AUGUCGUCGGAACAGAAACCAAUUCUCUAUUCCUACUGGAGAUCUUCCUGCUCAUGGAGAGUCAGAACUGCUUUGGCCCUCAAAAAUAUUGACUACGAGUAUAAGACUGUUGACUUAUUGUCCGAGGAAGCAAAGAACCAAUUGAAAACUAUCAACCCUGCUGGCAAGGUUCCAGCUUACGUCGUUAACGGGCAAGUCAUCAGUGAGAGUUUGGCUAUCAUUGAAUAUUUGGAUGAAACCCAUCCAGAUGUUCCACUUCUUCCAAAGGAUCCAGUGAAGAGAGCUCACGCUAGAGCUAUUGCUUUUUUGGUGACCUCCGGAAUCCAGCCCCUUCACAAUUUGAAAGUCCUCCAGCUUUUGAACAAGAAAGAAGCCGGAUUCGGUGGACAGUUUGCCAAACAAUUCAUCGUCGAAGGUCUGACCGCUCUGGAGGUUCUCCUGAAGGAACAUUCUGGAAAGUACGCCAUCGGUGAAACUGUAACCAUUGCUGACCUUGCCAUCCCCCCACUCAUCUACUCAGCUAACAGAUUCAACCUCGAUUUGUCUGCCUACCCAACUGUCAAUCGUAUCAAUGAGACUCUCGCCGAGAUUCCCGCUUUUAUUGCCGCUCAUCCUGAUAACCAACCCGACACCGGAUUGAAUGCCUAA